AAUAGAUUGGACUGCGUUUAAAGUUAAUCGAAAGGAAGCCGUGGCCGAUUUGCGGCCCGGCAACCUUUGGUCUUCCAACCGAGGCUAGAACAUUAUCACACCACCUAAAGGGAAAGCCAAAAUCUGAUUAUUUCACAAGAUUCCUAUAGGGGUAUCUGUUGUGCAUAUUUCAGAUCUGAAACGGUAUCUGUUGAAGACACACAGCAUCCAACCACUUGCUGUGACAGUAGCAAAAGUCAGUUAAAGAAAAUCCAAGCUUGAUGCUGGUUUGCAACUCAUCUCUCCAUUGGAGCCUUUCUACUUGGAAUGAAGAAAAGAUUCAUAUUGUUGGAGGACGAAUUCGAAGCGUCUCCAGUCAAUAGUCGCUCGCCCAGGUCCAGCAUGUUUGAUUACUCCGGUUCAGUACCCGGUGGCCUUCUUUUUGCUGUCUACUUCAGCCCAGGUGGAAAUUCAGGACUUUUUUCCCCAUGUUCCACCCUGGGUUUAGUAGCCACUCCAGGCGCUAUCGCCUUAGAGAGCAAUGUGUGUUCCUUUUCCGGAAAUAUAGGCAUAGAAAUUUGUUGGCUCGAACAGGCAUGGGCUGUCGCCAAACAUUCGGCCAAGGCAGCAGGAAUCGUAGUGCUUCUCGGAGUAGGCGGAGUACUCUGUUACCACUGGCUAUACUCGAUGCAUAGGAGGUUCAUAGACGGAGGAAUACCACCUUCUUUGUUUCCCAUGUCCUUUGAAAUGGAACACGACGGCGGCGAGGAUUGUGAAGAAAUGGAGGAGGAUUUGUUUGACUUGUUCGAGAUCGAUAUCUCCGUGGGACUCAACUGCCUUGCGGCCGAUCACCGACCGAAACGCAAGAUUGGUAAAGGAGUGUACAUAGCUGAUCAAAUUCGCACUCGCUGGCGUCACGUGGCAUGCCGCCGUAAACAAACACAGAAACAGGAACUCGGAUUCCAUCCACUGCCACUUCGCCCGAGCUAUUCCACUCCAGACGGAUUGGUCAAGCUUAAAGAAUUGACGUACCCAAUGCACAAACCUGCACAAGAUGAACGAACUUUCGUCCAUCAGUCUAGUGAAUCCUUCUCCGGAUUUUCUUCACAAGAAGUUUCACCAAUACGUUCACAUCGUUUACGUUCCUACAGCUUGUCCGUUAAAGAUCCGCAUUCUCAGUCUGAUGGAGUCUCCUGGAGCCUGUGGGACGGUUCUGUAGAAUCUUUCGUAUCCGGAGCUAGUGAAGUGAGUCGACUAAUCCGGGAGUGUUCAGUCGAUAGUGACUGCUCGGAUUUCUCCCUAGACUUGCCUUUUAGUGCAGGUUGCAGCUCAAACACCUUGGAAGUCAUUGAACGAAUCGAGCAAGAAAUAAACAGCGUCAAGAAUAAUUGUUUGGCCAUGAACCACGAACUGUACACUCUUCACGAUCACCCGACAAGCGGUGGGUCUGAGAUUGAUCUGUCAGGUAUGAACAUGGAAUUGGCUCCCCUCCAUUUGUCGCAAUCCUCGUUCAAAGGCAUGCUCAACCUGACCUCUAUCUCCGACGAAAUCAGCGACGUGGCAUCCAACGCUUCCGACUUUUCUCCUAGUCACGUACAGCUACCCCUUAUCUCUGGCAGUGAUGAAGAUGGAAUAUCCAUGGAAUGGGAUAAUCUUGAUUUGCAACCGCCCAACCACUACACACAGAAAAAGCCCGAUGAUGAUGAGAAAUCGGCGUUACUUGCGGAUCCAGUACUUUCAGCCUCUUGCACAGCGCUUCCCAUGUACAAAAGUGGCAAGUUGUUGGAAGUUCAAAACAUUGAUCCUGUUUGGUGCUCGCAAGAAUCUGGCUACUUGGAGUGGGAGGGAACAACACCUGGCAGUGAUGCAUCGGCCUCUUUUACAUCGGCUUCGAUCCUCUCACCUCUUCAAGAGAAGAGGGAGAGUGAUUCCAUGAGCUGCACCACGACGUCAUCCUACAGUAGUUGCAUGACUAGUCCUGACGAUUCGUCCCAUGAAGAUAGCGUCUCUGGAAGUGGAGUGGUCAAACGUCGACAAUGGGCAAAGUCCAGUCAACAUAAUCGGGAUUCAGCCUUCUCUGAUCUUGGACUCGAUCUGGAAGCAUCCUGGAGGGAAGAAGCGGUUGGAUCUACCGUCCUAUUGCAUCAUUACGCCCAGGAUACAUGGCAAGCCCCAACGCCGCGUGCUCAGACUAUUAAACAAGCCUACAUCGAAUUGGAACGCUUAACCGAAUGUCGGAGAAUGAGGAAAAUGCGUGGAGACAACUACGGCAUCCUCAGAGCAACAUUAUGCCAGAUGGUGAUGAAGAAGAUUCCUUGGCCACGAGCUAGUGAAGCUAUCGACUCUAUUGAUCGUGAACUGGCUCAAGGAGGGGAAUGGAUACGUCAAUGGACGUUUGGUCAUCGAUUGCCUUAUGGACGCAACAAUGUCAUCCAGGGCAUUCAUUUGUGUCUAGAAACGCUGGAUCGUUUGAUGGAAGACUUGGCCAGCGAAAAUGAUCCAUUGGAAGCUCUUGUGUCUCGCUUGAAUGCAGACUUGGUGUUGGACACGCAACUGAUGGAAGCUCUAAAGUUGCACAUGUUGAGCGCCGCAUUGAAUUUAAAUUUGGCCGAUUCACUUGGAGACUCUUUUCCACUGUUUGCCCUGGGCCUCUUUUCGCGCCCCGAUUCCAAAAAUGUCAAGGGAUUGGCAAUGAAUUAUCUAAAUCCGAUUGGAGAUUCGACUACUUUACAACGGGCAGAGUAUUACUUACUGGGAUUUGCACUUCAUGCCCGAAUAGACGUAUAUCGCCCAACGACCAUGAACCUUGAUGGGCAGGACAAUGUGGAUCUACGUACUUCUUACCCAGAUUUUGAAUCCUCCAACAAUUUAAUAUCCAUAAUUGAGGAGGACGAAAGACACUAUUCAGUCCCAGUGCCUUAACUUUUCUAGCGUUUAAACAAAUCGGUUUCUACCUAGUCUUUUUCUAUGUUACUCAUUUCCAUAAACGACUGGAGAUCGUGUGAGACUAUCGUAUUAUUUUCAUGUUCCUAUGCAAAUUCACCCUCUCUUUUCUGCUUGCAGUAUUUUAUAGGUAUACAUGUUUCUAUGGCAAUAGUGUUGUAAUAUACCUCAAGUUGUUAGAGCUGUUUUAGAUGUUUAAUGAAAUAAAACAGACAUUUAAUUAUAA